CAGAGAGAUCGAGGUGGUACGAUGCACGCAAACAUAGUGUCAUUCAUAAGGAACUGUGCUACAUCGGGCAGGCCGUUCAGUGCGUGAUUUUUACACAAAAGAAGAUAGGGCGAGAGGUACCCACUGAUGAGAGACGUUACUCAACAUUUGAGGGAAAUCCCCAGUGUGCCUACGCGUGUGCACUACUGCCAGAGAUCUGUUGGGGGACCCGCGGCGACGAGAUGGGCUGUAACCUGUGCACGUUGCAGAAGAGAGAGGAGCACUACAAGCUGCUGUACGAGAUCGCACAGGUGAAUGGUCGUGAGUUCUCGAAGUCUGGUCAUGAUGGGACGGUAGAGGCCCUGCGGAAGGAGCCGAUCGUGGUGCAGGUUUUGAAACGUGGCCCAUCGUCUGUUACCCAGAGCCUGCAGGAGGUUUGUGUGGUGGACGUUUGCACUCAGACCGACAUCACCUUUGAGCACAUCAUGGCUCUGGCCAAAAUGAGACCCUCGACUCCACCGGUGCCAGACAUCUGUCCAUUCCUGCUGUCCGACAGCUGUCAUUCCAUUCAGACUAUGGAGCAUGAAUAUUUCGAUUGUCCAGAAUAUGUGGCCAGCACUCAGGCAGAUGUGGACAGAGCAGUUGAGUUUGAGUGUGAGGAGGUUGAGCUCUGUCGAAUGAACAGCCAAGAAAAGCUGGGUUUGACUUUGUGUUACCGCACUGAUGACGAGGAAGAUACAGCAAUCUUUGUUGGUCAGGUCGAACUCAACAGCAUCGCUGCGAGGGACGGACGCAUCAGAGAGGGAGACCGGAUUUUACAGAUAAACGGUCGUGAUGUGCAGAACAGGGAGGAAGCGGUUGCACUCCUUUCAAAUGAAAAUUCAAGAUCCAUAGUGUUACUUGUCACCAGACCUGAAGGACAGAUGGAUGGAAACUGGCUUGACGAGGACCAUCAUGAUUUCCUCGAGGAGCUGAAGAUGGAGAUUUUAGAGGAACAGAAAAAAGAGGGAAUCCUUCAAACAGCAGGUUGCAUGAAGCUUUCUACAAGGCAUGAGGAUGCAAGUACAGAUACAGCAACAUGCUCCUCCUCCAUUCUUGAGAAAGACAGUGGUAUUAAAUGUAGCUUUGAGGACAGUUCUGAACAUGAAUUUCUGUCCUAUCCCCGGACUCAAAAACAACUUCGGGACAGGUGGGAAGCAAGCUCGCAAUUAGUUCCUAUUGACACCAGGCAGGAGAAGAAGGGUCAGGAGAGCAGGUUGAGUGAAAAUGGGGUGGAAUGUGACCAUUUUCAGCAACUUCUAGAGCUCAAGUGCCAGAUCCGUAAUGGUGGAGAAUGCGGGUUAGUCUAUAGGCGAAGCAGCACUAUCGAGUGUAGCCUGACAGAGCAAGGUGGAAGUGGAGUAGCAAGGGAGUUGCACAUGCUGAACGAAGAGCUGCGCAGCAUUGAACGUGAGUGUCAGAGCAUCAUGCAAGCUCAUCAGCUGCGCAGGAGCAAGCAUGACUCACCUCGAAUGGAUAAGGAAAAUCGUCUGCGACGUGGCAAGCUUGCAGAUAUUAAUGAGCAUCCUGAAAGACUACAAAGUGAGAAGCUCAGAGAUAAAGACAGCUCUAGUGCCUACAAUACAGCUGAAAGUUCCCGCUCAACUCCCCUGGGAACAGAAGGAUCACCCGACCACUCGUUACAACGUCGAAUUCACCUGACCAACCAGAGGAACCUUCGAAGUAUGCAGAGUCCCUACAGUAGCCCCAUCUUGUCCUUACCUAGCCAAAGUAGCUCUACUUGCAGCCGUGCCCAUACCUACACCAGCACCACACCUCCCUUACAGACCCCCAUCACUAGUCCUGGAUCUCAAGGACCCAGUCAGGCCUUUUCCAGCAGUUUGGAGCAAAGUCCCAGCAACCCUUCGGAGUCAGACCCAGCACUUCCUGCUGAUGACGAGCGCUGUGAGAAAGAAAGAAACAGGAAUAGGUUAGCAGCCGCUCGACAAUAUCAUUCGCCCUACCACACCAGCACUACAACAACCCAGCCUCCCAGCACACGCCACUACCAGAGUUAUCUUCAGCUCCUACAACAACAUUCCUCUUCUUCUCUGGAAUACUCCCAGAGUCAGCUUAGCCUGCUCAGCCUCCGCGGACGGCCUGGACCUACGCAAGCUGGCAGACUUGAAUGGAAGGUCAAAGUCCGGGCAGACGGAACCAGGUAUGUAGCACGUCGUCCAGCGCGGGAUCGUAUCCUACGUGAACGAGCCUUACGAAUCAGGGAGGAACGUAGUGGCGGGAUGACUACGGAUGAUGAUGCAGUCAGUGAGCUGAAGAUGGGGCGAUACUGGAGCAAAGAAGAACGCAAGCAGCAGCUAGCAAGGGCAAGGGAACAGCGACGCAGGAGGGAGUUCAUGCAGAAGAGCCGACUUGAGUGCCUCAGGGAAACUAUGGGGACGGCAAGCGGGGAGGUCAGCAUCCUGGAGCUCAGCCAUAAGAAGAUGCUGAAGAAACGAAACAAGAAGAUCCUUGACAACUGGAUGACCAUUCAAGAACUCAUGAGUCAUGGAGCACGAGCACCCGAGGGCACCAAAGUUCACAAUGCCUUCCUUUCAGUCACUACAGUUUAGUGGAAACAGUGACCCUUGUACUUGUUUCAUUCCAAGUGGCCAUUUUAUAAAGGUGAAGAUGCAGAUAUUUUUCAUGUUUUGUGGAACUAAUACUUUGUGACAACUCAUUUCAACUAAACUCAAGACUUCAAGAAAUGUGAAUGUGAACUCUUUUGAUAUAUUUGCCUACCGUUGACACUACCGUUACAGACCUCGCUGUGUUUUCAUACUAGAAUGUAUACGAAGCGGUUUUAAUAGGAUUUUACACACUACAUUGGUGGUUUGAAUGUAGUGUUUCUUUCCAUGCAUUUGUAUUUUAUAAAUUGCAAGUUUUCAUGCGAUAUAAAAUACGGUACUUGAAUUUCGGCUCUUGCUGCCAUUACAUGUUUUAAAUCCGAAAUGUAAAUAUCUGUACCUGUUCUUACAAAGACCUUCAUGGAUAAAGGUCUUCAUUGCAGCUUAAUGGGUUUACAAGAGUCAUUUGACAUGAUGUUACCAUUUGAAUAGUAUUGUAUACAAUACGUACAAGUUUUGUACUCUUCUGUAUGAACAUUAUUUAUUUUUUUGAGUCUAAUAAGUUAUUCCAUCUUUCUAAUGCCAAAUGACCCAGUCUGUAUCUCACUCAAGCGCUAAACAUGGAGUUUCUACCACUCAUUGUGCCUUGUACAGAGGCUCAUUUUUCUACCACGGGUUGUGAAGAGACACCCUGAGUAAUCUUGCUGUCAUGGUUUUGGUCUCUUUUUGAUGUGUAAGACAACUUUGUAGCCAAGUCUACGUGUUCUAGGUGUGCUACAU